AUGACGGAGAAAAGCGGCUACCUGGUGUGGAGCCCCAGCUGCCAGAUCUCCGACGUGGACCCGUACGACAAGUCCAUCCUCCCCUUCCUGCGGCCGGUGAAGCCCAUCGUGUGCACUGACCGGUUACCGCUGACCUCCGUGAUUUCGCUGGCCCGCGGUCACGUGUUGCGCGUGCACGAGGCGGUCCAGCUGCAGUACUUGCGUCCCGGCUACUCGCUCAAGUGCUGCUACAGCAACGUCACCCGUUUCACCACGCCGCCCGGAGUCCCUUACACGGACGAUGCCGACAAUUACUACAAUAUCAGCUCAUGCAAGGAGUUUAGAAAGGAAGUAAAACUGAGACCUCAAGAAGAAUUUAUUCUAGUCCGGUGUAAUAGACACAAAAAUGGCCACUCAGAGAUAAAGAAGGAAGUAUAUGUACAUAUGCAUGGAAUAGUUCCUAUUAAACCUAGUGUUGCGGAAAAGAUAAGAGAAAGGAAGUCGCCCAACGAUGAUGCCAGGUUUAAUGUACUCAUGGUGCUGUAUGAUUCCAUAUCUCGUCUGAAUCUCUUAAGAACAAUGCCUGAAACAGUUGCUUUCCUUAAGCGUGCUGGUUAUGUAGAUUUGAAAGGUUUCAACAUAGUAGAAAAAUCCACAUUUCCAAACGUUAUGGCAUUUUUAACUGGUAUGUAUUUAAACCAGUUGAAGAAGGCGAUCGAAUGGAUUGCAGUACGACGCAAUGAGACUACCACUGCCCUCUGUGUCUUCUUCACCAAUACUCUCAAACCUUUGAAUGAACUCUUAAGGAACGUUCUUACUAGAGAUUAUUAG